UAUAAUGCUAUUGAGGAAAACUAGAAAUAUCUGAUUUUUGAUGUUUGGGUUUUGCUUCAAGUCCUGAAGCGUUAUAGUAGCAACAGACCUAUAUGUUUCUCAUUUCAUUUCUUUUGAAGCUUCCAGGUGUGAGUGCCUGUUGUUAUUCUUUGAUAUUUGGAGCGUAUGGAGUUAGAAGAUUUGGAAGGCGCGUUGCCGUCAUUGCUAAAAUGAUAAGCUAUCAACCUCUUGCAGUUCAAGUUGUGAGUAAAGGCCUGUUGGAUCCUAAUCAGUGGAGAAGGUUGCUUGAUUAUUCAAGCCCGAAAGAAGUCUUGCCAGAUGCUCUAAUGAUUGUCUCAGAUUUUGCUCGGAUGGACAAGAUUGGAAAUGCUGCUUUGCACGGAGAGCUUAGAAGAUCUAUACCACAGGUUGGGAAUUUGUCGCUUUCAGCUGAAGAAGACAAGACUAAGUUGAAAUGCUGCGGGUGCAUUAGGCAAUCUAAUUCGCAACUCCAACGAGCUUUGAGAAGACAUUGUAUCCGAAGGAGCCAUGCGGAUUUGUAGACAUGUCGUCUUGCCCUUUCACAUAUUAAAUCACGGAAUUGCUCAAUUAUGCUCUCGGAUUGUUAAUUUCUCAAACUCCUUCAACUUUGUUCCCCACUACAUAGAUAAGUUGUAAAUGAUCUGCAAGUCUUUUUAACUCUGAGGAGUCAUAAUUUUCAGGCUUUACUGAAGCUGGUGGCUGACUGUUCUGCAGUAGCUCUGAAUGCAAGUAAGAGUGAUGCCUUAAACGAGUCACCUCUUAAGAUAGCUCUGUUUUCAUUGGCAAAGAUGUGUCGCACACACCAUGUAGACAGUUCCUUCGUUCCUCGGAGUUGUUCCAAGUCAUUCGCCGACUUCAGCAGACAGCAGUCCAGAAAAAGAAAUGGUUAGAGCAUCAAGAAUUGGUUGUCACCAAAAUUGCCUCCAUCAUUGUCACCAAAAUUGCUAAUGCUUAGAGCAUCAAGAAUUGGUUGUCAGUUGUGUCAAUUAACGUUUUGGGUGAACGUUGUCCAUAGAAGUUCAGCAAGAUUAAGAGUCACGUUGUUGGUGAAUGCUGUCACUUUUAUGUUUGAUUGAAUAUUGGAUUUUUUUAAUAGCAAUAUGUAAAAUCCAGUCUCUAAUUUCCAA